AUGCCUCCGUCGCGGACCCCACAGCAACUGUCGCAACCGAUGAAGCCGGUAAAGACCGAGCGUACACAUGAAGAGAAUCAAGAGCGAGCAUACAUUGCUGCAUCCCGUCGAAGUGAUCGAAGUUUAGAAGCCCGUGUCGAGUCUGCCCGAAGAGCUUCGGAGAUACACAAACGCCGGACAGGUCGAAGUCUUCGGGUAACUGAGAAGGAUGUUAUGGACGAGGAAAUGUACGAAGAGGAAGAUGAUGGAUUGCCCAGGCAGUACCGCCAACUCGCAGCGCAUCUUCAGACCGGCAAUCCCGACUUCAACAGCAGGUUGGAAGCAUACUUGACUGCCAAUGUCGCGAUGCGCUCCGCCCUCGAGAGAUCCAUAUCGAACUCGUACGCACAGCAAGGACAGCAAUACCCUGCGCAGUACGCCGGAAUCUAUCCAUCUCCAAUGCUGGCUCAUCAACAGUAUCAACAGCCCAUGUCGCAGCAGACGAUGCAACCACCGCAACAACAGCAGAAUCCAUACAGACAGGCACCAUACCCAAGUCCACGACUAAGUCAUGAUCAGCGAUCGGCCUCGUUCGCAGCACCGGCAAUUAAGCAGGAGUCCUCACCUGUUACCAGCCAAGGGAAUCCGUCCAGUCUGUUAGACAGGCGGAUGUCGAUGCCAGUGACUCCAGCUGCCUCAAUCUCGCCAGCCACCUCAAGUACUCCAAUGUCACCAUCACAGUCAACACCAAAGCAGAAGCCGUCAUUCCCACAGGGUUCAUUCUCUCAGCCAUACCAAAUGCAACAGCCUCAGCAUAUUCCGCCGGGGUCAAGCAAUUUCCAAGAAAACCACGGCGGAAACUUCGGACCCUUCAGCACGGCAUUGCCAAAUAAUGCAGCCGGACUAUUGGGAUCGACUUUCCCGUUUAAUGAUUCUUCUAUGAUCAUGGACGGAAAUGACAGUCUUCCCACCUACAACUUCAACAAUCAACCUCUUCCACCGACAACCAGUAUUGGCAAGCAACAGAUGUACCCAAGUAUCGACGGGCUGAACACCACGCUUGCUCCUUCAGCCCCAGAGCUCAGCUUCCAGCCACAUGACUUCUUCAACGAUGCGAUCUGCAUGACUGGCAAUCAAGAGGCUACCCCUGGCCAAACACCCGGGCUUGAUAACGACUGGAGUAAUUACGUCAAUUUUGACGAUUUCCCAUCAAGUCAGACAUCACAGACUUGA